ACAAGUCGUUGACGAUGUUUGAACGAGCGGUCUUUCUGCUGUAUUUGCCAGCAAUAUGUUUUUCAUUUGCUCUGUUUCCCAAUGCUGGCCAUGAGACACAGCGUCGGCAGAAUCCUGAGCAGAACAUAGUGAACGCGUCCAGUGGUCUAGGACGUGAGGAACACUGCCUUACGCUGUUCAGUCCUUGCUUUGAUGCCAUCCAACCUAUGUUGUCCGUGAGGGAUCCACAAAGCAUCGUUGUUGAUGGGAGGCUGGCUGUACCGUGCGAGUCAAACAUCCUGGAGGAAAGCUGGAACUGCCUUGAUGCUACCAGUCAGUGUAGUGACUUCGGCUUCUACACGAUGGCACGAUGGUUUCAGAUAUCGUGGGAGUUCAUUUGCCAAAACGGCCCAGCAUUUGUAGCAGGGGAACAAUGCUGGAACAACUCGAGGCUUCAGUCGACGUAUUUUACGUGCCUUUCUUCGAAUAUUCUGUGUCGUCCGCCUACCUGCAUCAGAGAAGGUGCGGCAAUGGUGCCGGAUUGCUCUACACAGGACUCCAUCGUCUUGAGUGGCAUGGCAGCCGCUGUCUUUGAGCAAGUAUAUGGAUGCUAGAUUCGGUUCACGCAACUCUCUGUAUGGAGGAACGGCCAUCAAAUCUCAAGACGUUACCAACAUUUACAAGGGAUCGACUACAUAGUCCUCAGAUGUUACCUGCACUAAAAAGAUAAACACCGUUGAACGUCCGUGGAAUCAUCACAUGAGACUGUUCAGGUCACGAUCUGCCUUUCAUUAUGGUUACAAAUAUUCUGAUAUUGGGGUUUUGUUAGAAAGAAAAACAGAAAACUAACAACAUCUAGAAACCCAACAGCAAUAGAUACAUUAGACUACACACUAUUGUAGCUUCUGGUGGCGUCUCUGUCAAUACGCCCUGCUACUGAAUACCCCGCGUGUUCCUGUUGGUGUUGAAUAACACUGUUUAAUAAAGGUAAGAUUACA